UCGGUAGAUAACUACGAGCACGUAAAACAUAAUAGAUACUUAUCUAAUACUCAGGUAUUUACAUACCUAAAUGCUUAGUACCAAUUUUUUGCAGUUGUCGUAAAUUCAUUUAUAAUUUAAAAGUGAUCUAACGAAAUUCCCAGAAAAUGAACGGUAGUUACGAGUGUGUCCUAUUAUAGAAAUUUGUUUUUAAUUUUUAUAGCAAUCAUGCCGGGAGCUAGGCACAAAAUCUUGGGGCAUGUCCUCUCAGGAUUUUGUCACAAAAUGAACAGACGUAAGCCUAUUUAUGGUGACUGCUUGGAGACUCCGCUCAACCGUUGCCUUACUACCUUUGAUAUAACUUUACUUGGUGUGGGUCAUAUGGUUGGUGCAGGCAUUUACGUCCUAACGGGAGCAGUAGCGCAUAAUAUGGCUGGACCAGCCACUGCGCUUAGCUUCUUACUUGCCGGGAUCACGUCUACUCUAGCUGCACUUUGUUAUGCUGAAUUCGGUACCAGAAUACCUAGAGCUGGCAGCGCGUAUGCCUACACUUACGUCAGUAUUGGAGAAUUUUGGGCAUUUAUAAUUGGUUGGAACAUCGUACUUGAAUAUAUGAUAGGUGCUGCUUCGGUUGCAAGAGCGUGGUCAGGAUACCUAGACGCAAUGUUAGACGGUGCUAUCAGUAACGCUACAAUAUCUGUUACUGGCGAGCUACAUGAAACUCUCCUCAGCAAAUAUCCUGAUGUGUUAGCGUUCCUCAUAUGCAUAGUGGCAUCUUUAAUCCUAGCAGUGGGUGUUAAAACUUCCGCCUAUAUCAAUAAUGGCCUUACGAUUCUAAACCUUACGGUUAUAUCAUUAGUUAUUUUCUUAGGAUUCUACUACGCUGACCUGAGUAACUGGUCCCAAAAGAACGGUGGUUUUAUGCCUUAUGGAUUUAGUGGCGUGUUGGCGGGUGCAGCUACCUGUUUUUACGCUUUUGUUGGAUUUGACAGUAUAUCUGCAUCAAGCGAAGAAGCUAAAGAUCCUACCCGGUCCAUUCCGAUUGCAACUAUCUUAUCCAUGGCCAUGGUAGCUUUUGGUUACAUUCUUGUGGCUAUAGCUUUGACAUUAAUGGUACCGUACAAAAGCAUAAAUCCAGACGCUGCUUUACCGGCUGCCCUGGGCGCAGUACAUGCGGACUGGGCUAAAUACGCAGUUGCCGUUGGUGCAGUGUGUGGAAUGACCACAACUCUAUUAGGGUCGCUAUUCUCAUUGCCCCGCUGCUUGUACGCCAUGUCAGCAGAUGGUUUAUUGUUUGGUUUUCUAAGUGACAUAAGCAACAAAUCACAAAUACCAAUAUCAAACCUGAUAAUUUCUGGUUUUUCAUCAGCUUUGAUAGCACUUUUAUUCGAUUUGGAGAAGCUUGUAGAGUUUAUGUCAAUCGGGACUUUGUUGGCUUAUACGAUUGUAAGCGCCGCUGUUAUUAUAUUGCGAUACCGGCCUGCGCCACCAGAAGAAAAGGGAUUUAGUCCACCACACCUAGAUUCACCCAUUGAUAGAGAGGACAGUUCUGCGACCGGCACGCCGGGGACUGACGGCGGUUCUUCUUCCUCGGAGCUCAAUUUACAGAUGUUCGAGGCUCUCACUGUGGGUAGAUUGCGUCCGCAGUACGCGUGGUUGGAGCCACUAGCGGGUGGUCGGGCGCCGGGGAGCGCGGUCACUAGCUGUGUCUACACAUUCACGGCUGCUGCGGCGGCUUUAUGCGCACACAACCACUUCUUAGCGGAACCGGCUGGUCUGUGGGCGCUGUUGCCAGAUUUCGUCCUCACAUUUAUAAUUGUUGCAUGUUUGGUGAUAAUAUGGGCACAUCAACAAAGUCCGCUACGUCUGCCAUUCCGCGUGCCCUGGGUGCCGCUAUUGCCUGCUGCCAGCGUCAUGCUGAAUGUUGAAUUGAUGGUCAAUCUCAAUGCGCUCACCUGGGCACGCUUCACUAUUUGGAUGACUUUCGGUUUUCUUCUGUAUUUUCUCUACGGGAUUCACCACAGCAAGUUGGGCGAGGGUGUGGCUGGACUACUCUCCCGGUCAGGCAGCGGAACAGCCCACAGCUGGGGAGCAGUGGACAAGACGAGUUCGCUCGCACGGCGCGUGGGCAGACUGGGCCGCGGGAGCAAGAGCGACGACCGCAAACCGAUCAUAAGCGACGACGAACUGGCGCGACGGGAACCGUGAUUUUAAAUUAACGGUUCGUAAUGAAUCAUCAGGGUAAGCAGUGAAACUUUGCAUUUAUGAAGUGCACGCCACUACUCGCCGGCGUGGAAAGGGUAGAUAUUCAUAUAUCAGGCAUA